AUGUCUCUUCCACGUCAACAACGACAACGACAGCGACGAGGCUUUUAUGUGACUAAGGCAUGUAUCAAUUGUCAGCAAAAACACACAAAAUGUUCUGGAGAAGCAACUUGUGAACGUUGUGCACAACAUAGUCUUGAGUGUACUUUUAUUGAAUCGGGUAAAAAACGUGGGCCAAAGACGAAUGGUAAACGCAUAAAACAGAUAUAUUUUCUUAACGGUCCUGAAAAUGACUUUAAUGAAACAUCUAUGCUAUCCAAUGCUGAACAAGGUCACACCUCGACUCUACCACCAUCUGAAUAUCCACAACAACAACCAGAUAGUCUUGAUGAAGUAACUGUUUACUCUUAUCAAGCACACACCAAUAGUGGAUACAUUAUGCAAAAUAAUAAUCUUAUAGACAACACAUCCAUUAAUAAUAAUAAUAUUUUCUAUUUAUGUGAAUGGUUUAUUAUUUGA